AUGUACGAGGUUGUCAUUUUAUAUGCUGUCACAACAGCUAUGGGCACGAUUCCCGUCUCGUUGUUAACAGUCACCAUGGCAGCUGGCACCAAGGAGGUGCUAGAAAGACAUGUCAUUGUUCGUAAUCUAUCUAGCCUGGAGGCUUUGGAUGAAGUGACAGCCGGCGACAACUUCAUUUUGGUCCUAAUUGCCAUUGAAGAAGGCCGCCGGAUAUUCGAAAACAUCCGGAACUUCGUCCUUCAUGUCCUAGCAGCCAACCUCGGUUUCAUCUCCCCUCUCACACGCCUGGCUUUCGACAUACAACACAAACGUCUCCGUGUUUCUAUUAAUCCCGUCAAAUUCAUCUCGGCACCGCUCCGCUAUGGCAUCUUCACUCCCGAGUUUAUGCUCGUCUUCGGCAUCCUCGUGGCCGGUUGCGUGCUUGGCUCUUUCACCCCGCCAUCUUCGGCUUUGGCGACGGCAAUUGGGCCUCAGACGGCAACAACGCCUGUUCGCCCUCAUGCCACGACGCCUUCUAUGCCCACGGCCUACACCGCAAUGACGUGGAUCUCCCUGCUCUUCUCGCGGGAACUGAAAGACUUCCGCUGA